AUGCCUUCGAUACAGGAGAUCAUGAUGGCAUCGGACGCAUCGGGCCAGAGCAACUCCUUCUGCAAAGUCAAUGGCCCCGAAAAACCAGCCAUUGAAAUUUUUUUACCCGAGUCUAAAAUUCGCUCGACAUUUUGUCCUACCUUUAUCCGAAUCUCCAUUGCCCGCAAGGAGUUGUCGAUGAACUCCAUAUAUCCAACUCUUGGUGUCGACUCAACAAUGCCCCAGCAUCGACUACAAAAUCAUAACGACAACGCCCAACCUACUCAGAACGAGUACCCUAUUUGGUACUUUUUCUACGGUACUCUUGCGCAGGUUGAGGUCCUUUCCGACCUGCUGGGCACUGAUCCUGUUUAUCACGAUGCCAAGAUCCGUGGUGGAGUUCUCGGCAGCUAA